UGCCCUCGGUGGUUUGACACCUCUAGCAUACAGCAUUUUUUCUCAAUAAUUCAUUAAAAACUGCGCCAACAUCAAAUAAUGGCUACUUUUUCUCCCAAUAAACUGCGGCAGUGCUCCCGGUUCAUGGGCGCACCCUGUACCCCGGAAAAGGAGCAACAGAUGUGCGAUGUGGGGAAAAUAAAGUCCUGCGCCAAUCCUACAUACGAAUGCAGCCAGAUGCGAAUUGACGGACAUGAGUAUUGCAUUCGCCACAUUCUUCGCGACCCCAAUGCCAACUACCGCCAGUGCACACAUGUGUAUGCAAACGGAAGAAAGUGCACCAACGCGGUGCCAAAAUAUGAUAACAAGAAAGAGCAGAUACUGACUACACUUUGCUUCGAGCAUAACCGACAGACGCAGCUGCAGAAGACACACAUAGCCUCCGGUCGUUUCCGGAGUGGCGUCGAGACCAAUGAGACGUUGCUCAACAGCCUUUCCCAUCACAUAAGCGUGGAGGAGAUCAAUUUCGAGUCUCCGAAGGCGGAGCCGGAUGAGGAUAUGAUUGAUGUUGUGUCACCGCAUGUGGUACCGUUUGUUCAUCAGGAUCAUCGAAACGGUUUAGAGAAUGUUGUAGAAAAGGUGCGCCAGCGUCGUCGAAUUUUGGAUUACGCAUCCGACAGUUCCAGCAAUGAUGGAGAUCCGCCUUGUGUGAAGAAUACCGCCAAGGAUAUCGAGUUAUUUGAAUCGGACCACGAAAGCGUCGAUUCUGAGGACGAUGAUCCUCUAAAGCAUGCCGGCGUCUACUCUCGGGCCGAGGCUGUUCGUAUUGCAGAGUUGAAAUUGAAUAAGCUUCAGGGUCUUUACCGCGAGGAGCUGUCCCACUUGCAGCUUGUUCUGAAACAUAGGCGACGCCAGUACUUGCACGACAUCCGCCGAGAACGGGAAAUCUACUGCAGCAUUCAUGAUCAGCUUAAGGAGACGCCGCACGAACGCAAGCUCUACGAACAACUAAAGGCGCUCAACAGCUAUCAUCGUCGGCAAGGAGUUGAAGCGGUUCUCUACAAAAAAUUCAAAGAAAAGCGCGCGCGGGACACGCUGUUUGCAGCCAAGUCAACCAACAACCCCAAGUGCAUAUUUACAGAGGGGGGCGUCAAAUGUGGAGAGCGAACACUACCAUGCUGCAAGCACUGCCGAAAGCACAUAUUAGAGGAUAAGCGCCAGGUGCUAUUCCGAGCAUGCGGCGUAGAACGAAGCGGUGUUGUGUGCCAGGAGCCCGUGACUAGCAUGCUCGAGGACUCGAACUGUGUUCUGCAUCUGAGCGUGGUGCCAGCCGGGCGCCAGUAUAUACAAAAGAAAUGCGAAUCUGAAACCGAAGACGACGAAAUCCCUUCAACAAGUACUCUCAUUACUGAAACUGAAAUAUCUGCAGACAUCAUGCUUUCCAGAAGCAUUAUCAAUGCCACCACAACACAUAGAGCGACCAGAAAACACGAUAUUAAGCUUCUGAAAUUGUCACCGAAACAAUCGACCGCUGCAUAAGCCCGUGUGGAAUGAGAGUGCAUACUUUCACAAUGAGAAUGCAGUUAAUUAUAUAGGCCAAGGAAAAUGUUGCAUUUACGUGGGAAAUCAGGUGUACACCAAUUCGUACAGUUUAUAAUAAUGUUGAUGACUGAUUCACGAGCAGUCGUCGAGUAGAACAUCAAACGACUUCAAAAAACUGAUACCAAUGUACAGUACAUACAUCUAUCUAUACAUGCGUACAUA